AUGUCGUCGAGACCAUCCCCACCCUCAGCUCAGAAACGAGCCCCCCCUACAUCACCACCACCUCGCCGGAUGAAACGAGCGCGAUACCGAGGCGCGCGAGCCUUUUACCUCACCCUCCUACUCGGCGCAUGUCUAUUCGCCUACAGUAGAUUCACUCUAAAUAAUCAUGCACGUGACAAAAUCAUCUCCCGCCGAAGCGAUCAACCCCCCCUCCACCCCCAAUCCGCCGACGAAGACUGCCGCUUCGUGCACAAAUCCGCGGACCAAUGCCACUACAUCCACCACCGCUGCCCCACCGACGACGCCGCCUUCACCUUCCUACUAGACAUCUACUACUGCCAGCUCCCCCACCUCCACAUCCUCGCCAUCAUCCUGCUAUGGCUAUGGCUCGGUCUCCUCUUCAGCACAAUCGGAAUAGCCGCCAGCGACUUCUUCUGCAUAAAUCUGAGCACGAUCGCGAGUAUCCUCGGCAUGAGCGAGAGUAUGGCUGGGGUCACGUUCUUGGCGUUUGGGAAUGGGAGUCCCGAUGUCUUUUCCACUUUCGCCGCCAUGAGCUCGAAUAGUGGGAGUCUUGCGGUGGGAGAACUCUUCGGCGCAGCUGGCUUUAUUACCGCGGUUGUGGCGGGGAGUAUGGCGCUGGUGCGACCAUUUCACGUAGCAAGGAAGAGCUUCAUACGGGAUGUGGGAUUCUUCGCCGUCGCGGCGGCGUUUAGUAUGGUGUUCUUGUGGGAUGGCAGAUUACAGUUAUGGGAGUGCAUUGCUAUGGUGGCGUUUUACAUCAUCUAUGUCGCAUUCGUGGUGGCGUGGCAUUGGUGGAUUGGGAGGAGACGGAGGAGAAGAGAGAAGGAGGCAGCUGCUCGAGGACACUUCCUUGCGCCAGGCGAUGAGUUGGAUGUGGAAGGCGAAUACCAUGAUGACCCCGAAGAGGCCGCGGCAGCGAGACGGUCGAGCGUGCAUCGCGGCGUGUCAAUCGAAGACUGGUCCGCGCUAGAAAAUGCAGGACCACCAUAUGUAGACGGGGGCCUAGACGAGGACGAAGAAGAAGAAGCCCGCGACCGGUGGAUGAGUGAGUUGAGCAGCAACAUGCGCCUCACACGCCCCGGAGUCCGAUCAAGAAAGAACACGAUUAGUAACGUGCGGCCUUCUCUGGUCGGUGCUUUGGAGUUCCAGGCGGUCAUGAAGAGUCUGCAGAAGAGUCGGAAUAUCCAGACCAUCCCCCUGCAUGCUCGACGCUACUCGGACGAUCCUUCUUUUACCACAGCGCAACAGCAGGAACGUAUGUCUAGCCUUGAAGAUCCGGCUGCACGACCACCGUUUCAAAUUACGGUUGAUGGGGGCGGGUCACCGGUUGUUGAACGACCUGCGCUGGAUUUGGAAGUGCCCAAGUCUGCGCCUGGGAGGAUGCGUGCCGUGUCCGCCAACGAUGCAUCGAGUCUGCAGAUUGAUCCCGAGUUUGGGAGGUCUUUAACACGAGCGCCGUCUCCAAGUCAUAGCCAGAGCGACCUGAUCGGUUUUGCGGAUACACAGCAGAAGUCACCGACGCACUUGACGAUACCUGGUCACACCUCGCCAAGUCUGCAGAUCACGCCUGCCGCGCAGGAGCCACAAGACAAGAACGAUCUACACAUCGACACCUCCAUGGCCUCAACCUCCCAUCUCACCCCCCAACCAAGCCCAAACAUGUUCCGCACAACAUCCGACCACUUCGCCCCGAAAUCCAUCCUCCGCUCCCCCCACACCACUACGGAAACCCCCCACGAAUCACCCCGUACAGUCCCCACUGCCCGCUCCCUCCCACGCAUCAUGAUCCCCCGAAGCGCCAGCCACCGCUCCCAAGACUCCUCCCGCGCCUCCUCGCCCUUCCCACGCUACCACGACGAUCCCACGGCAACAGCAGGAGGAUCCGGAACCAUCUCCCGCUCAGCAUCAAGUCUCCGCCUCCCCCCACCCUCCAUCGCCUCCCCCGAAUCCCUCCCCAUCUCGCAAAGCGCCGAACAAGAAACCCUCUUCGCCGUCGACCCACCAUCACCAAGAUGGAAGUACUGGCCUUACACCCUCCUGCCACCACCAGGGGUCAUUAUCUCGACCUUCUUCCCAACCAUUUAUCAUUGGGGGGGCAAGACGUGGUGGGAGAAGUGUUUGGGGGUUUCGGCUUUGCCGAGCGUGCUUGUUCUGACGCUUACGUUGCCUGUGGUUGAGAAUGAGAGUGAUAAGGAGGAGGAGGAGGAGGAGGAGGCGGAGGAGGUGGUAGGGGGCCAGAGGAAAGAUGGGAGUUAUGGGAGUGCGAGGUCGAAGAGUUUGGGUGGGGUGCAGAGUGAUGGGGUUGGUGUUGGUGUUGGAGGAGGGAAAGGGGGAGUGAGAGAGGAUGUCGUGGAAAAUGGAAAUGGACAUCCGGGUCAUACUUCGUUGGAAGUGGGUGCGGGUGUCGCUGGGCUUGCGGCGGACACAGAAUGGCAUUACCGACACAACGCCGGAGACCACGACACACACCAUCACCAAGACAACCACCACCACCACCACUACAACAUCGAGCGCACAGCCUCCCCAACACCCCACUACCCCGACCCGCCCACUCCCGAACCCUGGAACCGCUGGCUCACAAUCCUCCAUCUCUACACCUCCCCCCUCUUCUGCCUAUUGGCAAUCUACAUCCAAUACCCGGACGACGACCUAACCCCCCUCUGGCUCCUCCAACCCUCUCUCAUCUCCCUCCUCCUCUCCACCACCCUCCUCAUCCCGCUCCUCCUUACCACCACCCCAACUUAUCGUCCAAGACCCUACAUCUACCUCCUCAGCACGGCCGGCUUCAUCGUGAGCAUAGCCUGGAUCUCCACAGUAGCAACCCAAGUCGUCUCCGCCCUCAAAGCCCUCGCAAUCUUCUGGAACAUGUCCCACGCCAUCAUGGGCCUGACCAUCUUCGCCGUCGGCAACUCCCUCGGGGACUUGGUAGCCGAUAUCACCGUCGCCCGCCUCGGAUACCCCGUCAUGGCCCUCUCGGCCUGUUUCGGCGGGCCCAUGCUGAAUAUCCUCCUCGGAAUCGGCGUUAGCGGAUCCUACAUCCUGAUCUCGGGGGCGGAUGAACGACACCGCGAGCACCCGGGGGAAGACCACCUGCAUUUCAAAAGUUAUCAUAUCGAUGUUUCUACCACGUUGAUUAUUUCGGGGGCGACGUUGCUGGUUACGCUCGUGGGACUGUUGGUGGCGGUGCCGAUGAAUAAAUGGGUUUUUGAUCGGAAGAUUGGGUGGGCGUUGGCGGGACUGUGGGCGGUUAGUACGGUGGGAAAUGUGGUGGUGGAGGUUCUGGGGGUGGGGGAGGUUGGUUGA